UCCAACAUGAAGUUGAAAUAAAUCGGCGGACCGGUUGAACCACGAAUCAGCCACGAUCCGGUUCAGUUAUGGGUUCGGUUUUAAAACUAGUUCAGAGUUUUGAACCAGCUUACUCUUCUUCUGCAAAUUUGCCAUUCCAAUCCAGUAGGACAUGGCGCGAGGGUUCAUUCUCUCAUCGCAAAGCAAAGCCACCACCACCUCCUUCAUAACAAGGGUUCGACUUUCGCCACCAAUAUGCCAAAAGCUGAUAUUCAUGUCUCCUCCUCCCCUUUGUUAUCUUCUCCGCUUGCCUCCUAAUGUAACUCCAACUCGCUCAUUUUGCUGCAAAUCUUCUCUUGCCCAAGAUCAAAUUGACGUGGCCAAGUACAAGGAGGCUUUCUCGAGGCAGAUGGCUGUGGCUGGUCUCAAACGCCAUCACCGUAUUGCUAUAGGAGUAUCUGGCGGCCCUGACAGCAUAGCGCUUUGUUUCCUAACUGCUGCCUGGAAAACUGAGUGUCCUCAUGUUGUUAGCCAAAGUGGAGGUUUUAUUGAUGGGCUUUUAGCAAUAGUUGUUGAUCAUGGACUACGUGCAGAGAGCAAAGAGGAGGCACGCAUUGUUUCCCGCCGAGUUUCUGAAAUGGGAAUCAGAUGCGAGAUUGCAUAUUGUAGUUGGUCAGAUGGCAGGCCUAAACAGGGUCAUUUGCAAGAAGAGGCAAGAGACAUGAGGUACCAAAAAUUACAGAAUAUUUGCAUGCAGCACCGAAUUGGUGUGUUACUAAUUGCACAUCACGCAGAUGACCAGGCCGAGUUGUUCAUUCUCAGACUAUCUCGCAAUAGUGGUGUGCUUGGACUUGCUGGCAUGGCAUUUACUUCCCAAACUUUCUCCUCAAGCAAGCAUUUGUAUGAUGAAGGUUCAAAUAAUGAAGGCAUACUUAUAGUGCGGCCACUCCUGCAUUUUUCUAAGGAAGAUAUGUACAAGGUAUGUCAAGUGGGCGGCCAAGACUGGGUUGAUGAUCCAACAAAUCAAAGCCUAUUAUAUGCUCGCAAUAGGAUUCGGAUGUCACUAAGAAGUUUGUCAUCAUAUACCUUCAAGUCUGAACUGCAAGCAGUAAUUUCUGCCUGUCGAAAAACACGUGCCUUUGUUGACCAAUUUUGUUUUAAUUUGAUAAAUCAGGCUCUGACCAUUGUGCAUCAGCAGGGAUAUGCCAUUAUUGAUUUAGAGAUUCUUAAUCCAUCAAAAAUUGUGGAUUUAUGCCUGGCAAAGUUCAUAGCCCUGGUCUUGCAGUUUGUCUCUCAAAGGCAGAGGCCAGUUAGAGGUCGUACUUCAAAAUUGUUGUUGGACUACAUUCGGACUUUCCCAUGCAAGACCUCUCUUACAGCAGCUGGGUGUUACCUUUGUCCAGCUACUGGGUCAAGGGGAACCAAAAUCUUAGUUUGCUGCUCUGUUGAUUGUCCCCUGCCUUCGAAAACGGUACCGACUUGCAUUCAUUCUGUUGGGGAAAGGAAGUGGUAUGUCCCAUGUGAGUUAGAGCAAAUUAUAUCUGAUGGAAAAUUGAAUUCAGACCACUUUGUUCCUGAUGCAUCAGAUGUGUAUUUUUUGGACUCUUCAUCUGAUACAGUCCUAACUGAAGCCAAAAGGCUUAAUAUUAUCAGUGAGUCAACCUAUAAGAAUAUUCUUCUGUUGCAGAGGGAUGAAAUCAAAUAUUUCAAGGCCAGAAUAGAAGAUAAUGUUGAAUCUGAGACUCAGUCAAAGGAUGAGGUUGAACAUGCAACUACAUCUUUAAGUGAACCACUUAGACCUGGGCAAAUAUGCUAUUUCAUGAACAGAUUCUUAGUCACUUGGAAACUGAGCAAGAAUAUUCCUGUUAGUGCUGUUCCUGAGAGAAGUUACUGUGAUUGGGAUUUGGGAGGGGAAAGUUGGUAUCAUCAUCUUUGGUCUUGUACACUCAGUCAUGAUAUGGUUGUUGAGGUGAGACACAUGAUUGAAACCGACUGGCUUUAUCUUGCUAAGUUGUUGAAGUGUGCAAGUUUGGAUAAUUUACAACAGCAAAGAAUUUGUACAGCGUGUGAAAGGGAACAAUCAACAGAGAAGAGAAAUCUCUAUUUAGAUUAUUUAAGGUUCUCAGCAGAAAGAGCUCUCAAGAUGUUGAAAUCUACUCCAGUUGCUGCCAGAAGAAGUCUACCUGUCCUAGUCAAUAAUCAAGGAUUGUUACUAAGCAUCCCAAGCAUUGGCUUCAAGAAUUGUCCUUGUUUGACGGUCUCAUGUGUAUUCAAACCAAGAGUACCACUCGGGGGGGGCCAUAGUUCAUUUAUGUUGCCUGUAAUUUCAGUGAAGUAGAUGUAUUCUGUGGAGCCAUUGAUUGUUGUAUUUUUCCCCAACUUGUAUCAAGUCAUCUUCAAAAGUGUAACUUCUCAGCUUGUUAUCUUUAUGGUUUCCAUCUUCUUCACGCUCGUUCCAUAAAGAAAAGGGGGCCGCACUCCACCUACUUAUUUUUCCA